AGCCCUUCAACGCCCUCAAGAACCCACCACUACCACCGUCACCAACCCCGACACGUACUGCGAUGGCCCCCACCAAAAAAUCCAAGGCUUCCAAGUCGACCGAGUCCAUCGCUGCCCGCCUCGCGCUCGUCGUGAAGUCCGGCAAGUACACCCUUGGGUACAAGUCUGCCCUCAAGCAGAUGCGCAAUAGCAAAGCCAAGCUCAUAUUGAUUGCUGGCAACUGCCCUCCUCUGCGCAAGUCCGAGAUCGAGUACUAUGCCAUGCUCUCGAAGACAACGGUGCACCAUUUUGCUGGCACCAACGUCGCUCUCGGUACCGCUGCCGGCAAGCUUUUCCGUGUCGGUGUCAUGACCAUCUCCGACCCUGGUGACAGUGAUCUCCUCAGCGUGGCCGAGGCUACCGCAUAAAAGAUUGGGGUUAAGGAUGCGAGGUGUUUGUAUGCUACACAUUACCAUUUUAUGAUUAGGCACCACCAUGACAGUCUCGUUGCUGUCACCCUAUAUGGU